AAUCUAAACUAAAAAAAUGAGCCUUUGUCUUUCUCUGCAAAUGCAAUCUCUCUACAAACCACUCUAAAUUCUCAUCCUUUCUGAUCUCACGCCUCCAUGUUUAAUUUUUUCAAGAAAAUAGAUUAGAAUCUCCCAAGUAUUUAUGCAUGGGUUUUUCUAAGGAGCUUGUGUUUGGUAGAUUACCACUUUUAUAUAAAGAAAAACUGUAGAUGGAAUAAAAAAGACAGGGACAAUCCCGGAAAUUUUUGAUUUGAAAAUUAAGAUUUGGGGAUGAAUCCCAGUUAUGGAAGAUUUGGAUGCACAGAUACAUUAUAUAGUUGAACUUGGAAAAUUGAUGUAAAGUUUGCUUUACUUAGAGAAAUGGAUUUGUACGGUUACCCUCGGCCGGAAAAUGGGAGGUUGGAACAAAUACUUAAUCAGUUUUUCUUGAAAAGCUUGCAUAUGAUAUUGGAUUCGAGGGUUCCUGCUAUCCGGCUGUCUAGUCACUAUGGGGAAGUAAAAAGGAGUGAUAAGUGGUUCAAUUUGGUAUUAGGAGAUCGUCCUUCAGCCAUGGAUAACUUGAGUUUUUGGAAUCGAAGUUUCAUGCCACCCAUGGUUAUUGAUAUUAUACUCGUUCAAGAAUUGCCAACGUCUUCAUCAGAGCAUAAUUCGAGUAUUGCUUUAGGCUCAGAGAUGGUAAAAGAGACGGCCAUAGAGAGGUGGAUUGUUCAGCAUGAGCAUCAAAAGGCAGUAGCUCAUCCAAUUAGUGAAGCCUCUUACAAGAAGACAUACAAGAAAUCAAUAUUACUCUUACGCUCCGUUUUUUCAAUGUUGAGACUCCUUCCAGCAUAUAAGGCUUUCCGUAAACGAUUUUCAAGUCAGAAUUGUGAUUUUGAUAUCAGUUACAAGGUCUGCACAUAUGCUGUUCCAUUUCCAGGGGAGGAGGACAAGCUGAUGAAGAGACAUAAUUUCGUUCCGAUUGACACCCAACAGGGCCCCCUUUCUAUAUCUUUGAUGUAUCGCAAAAAUCUUUCUGAUUUCAACCUAGAUGCUUUUUUAUCUUUUCCCUCAGAGAUCAUUACAGAUUAUGUUGGAAGCCCACUUACCGAGCCUAUCAGACCAUUCCCUGCUACUUUGUCUGAGAAGGAUUUUUGUGCUACGUCCUUCCCAGUAAAAGGGAGUCAACCGACUUCUUCAUCCGCGUUUCAACGUCGGCAUAGCUGGACAAAUGGGAUCCAUGGGGACGUUUCUUCACAAAAGAAUUCACAUCUAUACCAGUCACCAUACGAGUUUUCGUCUUCGCCUACGCCUACCGACUUAUACAGCCAUAGGAUUCAAAACCAAAGAUUGUCCGCUUAUCAGAAGGCAGAACUUGAUGAUUUACUUUCUCCUCCUUUUUCGCCUUCUCCUUCCCCAUCUCCCCCUACAUACCUUUCCAGCGGGAACCCUGUGCAUAGUCGUAUGCGCUCAGAAACUUCUCCCAUGAGUAUUCCAUACCCGAUGAUGGGAAGAAGUCCAAGACAUCUUUCUCCUAAUAUGUCAGACCCAAACAGGCAUUCUCUUCCGCCUCCAUCUCCUAGGAGCAUAAAAAAUGACCCUUCAUCCCAGGAGUCCUCAUCUGGAAUUAGGUCAAUGCGGAAAUCAGAUUCACUGAGGGUUGGAGAGCCCAGUCCUGGGCUAAGAAACUUUGGUCCAAGGGUGUCAAGAGAUAGCAAAGAAGAUUCUGGACGGUUCUCAGGUCCUUCAUCAAGUAGUUCUCCACGUGUUGGAUUCUCGAGAAGCUCCAGCAGAUUAUCAUUCCAGGAUGAAUUUGGCGAUGGUGAUUUCACCUAUCCAUUUAUUGUUGAUGAUAUCGACCCUCCUGAUUUCCAAGCCAGCCAGAAUCUUGAUGGGAAAAAUAAGUCAGAAGAUUCGUCCCAAGCAUCCUUUACUGCCAAAAGGUCUCAAGAUGCAGCUGUUGGGGUCCUUGUUCACAUGCUAAGAGCAGCUCCUCCUCUGUGCUCGAAUUCUAGUUGUUAUAUCAGUCAAUCCUCUAAGCCUGAAGUCGUGAGAGAAGUUGGAGUGGCUUCUGAAUUUUUCAAGCCUCGAAAUACAACUGAUGCACUCGAAGAACUCAAGGCUUACAAAGAAAUGAAAGAUCUGAUACUUUCUAAGAGCACAGAAAAAUAUUAGGAGCACUGAGCACAUUUGGCUGUACUUAAAAUUAACUUUUCUUUCCUAGAAAUAUAUUCUACUUCUUAGAUAAGUGAACUUCAGCGUAAGUAGAGAAUGUUAGUUCUUGAGAAUUUGUGGUGUAUUUCUAAAGCAGCAUAAGUGGAAUAUAAGAUUGAUUGAUCA